UCAAUUAUUAUUCAGAGGACAGAUCUCAGUGGAUCCAGAUCUGUUGCCUCAGAUCACACAUGUUCUCCAAUCAGCAAAAACACCCUACAUCUGUUCAUUCUGUGAGCUUUUGAUCUACUUUGACGACACAUUAUGAUUUUAAUUCCAGCGGGAAAACUACAUUUGGUUUUAUAUCUAGCAACAGGUCUACUGAGUCUGUCUCUGCUAACAGAAUGUGAAAAAAUCAGGCUGGUUGGACCGUCACGAUGCUCUGGCAGAGUGGAGAUCUUCCACAGGGACAGCUGGGGAACGGUGUGCGAUGAUCAGUGGAGUGUCACCAAUGCUGAGGUGGUGUGUCGAGAGUUGGACUGUGGGACAGUAAUUGAGGCCAAAAAAAUGGCCUUCUUUGGAGAGGGGAAGAAUGAGAUCUGGUUGGAUGAUGUGCAGUGUACUGGUCAGGAGUUGUCCAUCCUCAAGUGUUCACACAGAGCGCUCGGGGAAAAUAAUUGUGGCCACGGUGAAGACGCUGGUGUUAUCUGUUCAGACCACUUAAAAGUUGUAAAUGGAAGCAACCGCUGUUCCGGCAAAGUGCAAAUAUACCGUGAUGGUCGCUGGAACAGAGCGUGCAGCAAUGACUGGGGCACGACCGAAGCUGAAGUCGUGUGCCGAGAGAUGAGUUGCGGCACUCCUCUCCAGCAGAAUGAGGUGCCUAAUUUUGGAGAGGUGAACGUCCUGGGUGGAUUAAAAACGACCUGUGUAGGGAAUGAGACCUCUAUCUCUCAGUGCACAGUCCAAGAUUUCAAGGAUGACUGUGUUGAUGCUACAGUUCUCUGUACACACAGUAAAGAAAUCCGGCUGAUGAACGGGACUAAUCGCUGCUCUGGUCGGGUGGAGAUCUUCCACGAUGGACAGUGGGGAUCAAUUUGCGAUGACAGAUGGGGCAUGCAGGAAGCUGCUGUGACAUGUCGGGAGAUGAACUGUGGGAAUGCCCUCUUCGUGAAGUACAAAGCCUUCUUCGGCGCAGGCCAGGAUCAGGUUUGGCUGGACGAUCUUGAGUGUAAUGGUUCGGAGAAGACCCUCAUGGACUGCCCCCACAGAGGUUUUGGAGAACACGACUGUGAUCACAAUGAAGAUGCUGGUGUUGUAUGCUCAGAGACAAUCAGAUUGUACAAUGGGACUAACGCCUGCUCUGGCAGAUUGGAGGUCUUCCACAAUGGCCAGUGGGGGAAAAUGUGUAAAAACCACUGGGGCAAUGAAGAGGCGUCUGUGGUGUGUAAAGAACUCAGCUGUGGAAAUCCAAAGAAAUACCAAGACUCCACUUUUGGUGAAAGCAGACUGAGUGGGUUAACAAGUCGAUGCACUGGCAAUGUGAGCUCCAUCGCCCAGUGCAAUAUUCAAGCAGUCACAGGAACAUGUGAAGGUGUUUCUCUUUCAUGCGAAGGUAGUCCACAGCUCAGGCUCGUCAAUGGCACCGACCACUGCUCUGGGAGAGUGGAGGUUCUGCAUGAUGGCCAGUGGGGGACAGUGUGUGAUGAUGAGUGGGACAUGAGAGAUGCUCAGGUGGUGUGCCGAAUCAUGGACUGUGGAACGGCUCGGACAGCCAAAUCGGCUGCUUAUUUUGGUCAAGGCCAAGGAAGCAUCUGGAUGGACGAUGUCGGUUGUACCGGUAACGAAACGUCCCUGUUGCACUGCCGACAUGCCACUCUUGGAGAAAAUAACUGUGGUCAUGGUGAAGAUGCUGGCGUUGUGUGUUCAGCUUUUAUAAGACUGAUCAAUGGGACUGACCAGUGCUCAGGCAGGGUGGAGUUGCAUCACGGUGGCCGCUGGUCGCCAUUGUAUUAUCUCAACUGGGGAAUGAGUGAAGCCGAAGUGGUGUGCAGAAUGAUGGAUUGCGGGGAUCCCGUCAAGGUCUCAGGAUCAUUUGGACGUGGCAAAGAAAUGAGAGGAUAUAAGGUCAGCUGUAAUGGUAGAGAGAGCUCUCUCACACAGUGCACCUUGAGAGAUUUUACCAGGACCAGUGGCGACUUUAUUGAAGAGGCAGGUGUCCAUUGUUCAGGCAACGUAAGGUUGGCUGACGGUAACAAUCAUUGUGUUGGAAGAGUGGAGUUCUACGACAAAGGCCAGUGGGGGACUGUGUGUGGUGAAGCCUGGGAUGUGAAUGAUGCUAUGGUGGUGUGCAGACAGAUGGGUUGUGGGCGGGCUCAUAAGAUAGCCACCAUGGGUGAGUACGGCCAUGGCUCUGGACAGACCUGGAUUGAUCAAAUCGAAUGCAAUGGAAUGGAGUCAACCCUCACCCAGUGCCCUCAGAGACCCUUUCGAGACAAAACCUGCAAUGCCACCUCUGUCGCUGGUGUUAUCUGCACUGGGGGUUUGGGGGUCCGUUUGUCUAAUGGCAAGGAUGAGUGCUCCGGCAGAGUAGAAGUCCGUCAUGGCGAGGAGUGGUAUACUGUGUGUGACAAUGAGUGGAACCACAGUAAAGCUGGUGUGGUGUGUAGUAAACUGGAAUGCGGAGAGCCAGUGAGCGCCCCCGUUGGUGCCCAAUUUGGCCAAGGAAACGGAUCAGUGGUUGAGGCCAGCGAUUCAUGUUUUAAAAACGUGUCAACUCUUCAGCAAUGCUCACUCAAAGGUUUCAGAAGUGCAACAUGUGGGCAUGAAAAAGAUGCCGGUACCGUCUGUGCAGCACAGGUUCGGUUGGUUGGCGGCUCAGGUCCGUGUACUGGUAGAGUGGAGGUUCACUACAAAGGCGAAUGGGGAACUGUGUGUGACGAUGAGUGGGAAUUGCAGAAUGCUGACGUGGUGUGUAAACAGCUUGGCUGCGGUCAUGCAGUCUCUGCUCCUUCAAGUGCCCAUUUCGGUAGAGGUAGUGGUCCAAUAUGGCUGGAUAAUGUGAGGUGUACUGGAGAAGAGGCGGCUAUCACACAAUGUGAGCAUCACGGAUUUGGAGAAAACAACUGUGGGCACAGUGAAGAUGCUGGUGCGAUCUGCUUAGGUGCCUUGAACAAGCCCCAGCUAACUUUAAGUCCUGGUCCAGAGGUAAACUGGGGUGACAAAGUUGAAAUCACCUGCACCGUUCAAACAGAACACUUGGGUGGAACAUUUAUCCUGAAAAGGAUCCCAGGAGAAUUUAAAAUGGAAAAAUUCUCAGAAAACGAAGCUGCAACCUUUAUCUUCCCUUCGGUGGACUUUGCCCAAAAAGGGUCAUACUUCUGUGAAUACCAAAAGAAACUGCCAAAUCAAGUCAUCAAUUAUCCUCAAGGAAACAUUGCAGAGCUCUCCGUAAACGUUGACCUGCAGAAACCCAGCAUCUCCCUGACGUCUCCUUUCGCCAUGGUGGUCUAUAGCCCUGACACAAUAUCAGUCAAACAAGGCAGCAGCUUCUCUGUCACUUGCUCCACUCAUUCCAGAUAUUCUGGAGGUUACUUCUACCUGACAAAGUCCAACGUGAGCACCACUGAAGCCAAGCCAGCGUACGGCCACACUAUAUUCUACGUGGCAAGCUUUGAAUUCACUGAAAUUGAAUACAAACACCAAGGAGCCUACAAAUGCGUCUACGGGGUCAACAUUUCUUCUCAGUCAUUCUGUUCAGUUCCUUCAAAGUCUCUCGAGGUCACUGUAAUUGCGGCCUCAUCCUCUUCAGUUAUCACAGGAGUUCUGGUAGGGCUUGUGGUGGUGCUAAUUGUGGUGGCUAUAGGUUACCUGCUCUGGAGAAGGAGAUGGCGGGUCACUGACACCUUGGUGCAGUUCAGUAACCGGCUUGGAGGAGCAAUAAAACAAGACAGAGAUGAAAGAAGUAACGGUGCAUAUGAUGGAAGAACCCGCAACACCCAAGUGAGUGAACAAGCACAAAGUCCCAUCCCAGAUGACAAGAACGUGGAGGUUGAAAACCCCGUCGAGGUAGUCCCUGAAGACUUGGCAGGGAGGGUUUGUUACGAGCUUGAACCACUUGUUUUCUCCUGAUAGCUCAAUGACCAAAGAGCCUUGGCUAUGUCAUGUGACUUUCCUUAAAGCUCCAGUGAGGAGUUUUUUUACUGGUUAUGAAACAAGCUGAAAUUAACAGUGAUGUAUCUUUAUGGCCUAUAAAAGCAAAGUAGACCACUAGCAAUAAGAUUGAAAAUUCCUGUAUUGUAACUUUUAAUGUAAGCAACUGCUGCAGAGGGGUAGGAGUCGGAUGGGGCAAUUCACAGCAUGAUGAAGAAAAAGCCCUUUUUUUUACUUUUACCACAGAAAAUAUUGAAAAGGAAUGAUGGAUUUGUCAAAAGAAAGCCGGAUGUGAUUUUACACAUGUACAGGACAAGAUUAGUAGAGAUACAAGAUAUAUAACUUUGUCCACAGGGGGCGCCAAACUCAACACAGAUAGAGUUCCUCAUAGGAGCUUGUAAUGCCCUCUUUGGUUUCAAGUUUCAAGUCUGUCUCGCAUGUUAUCACAUCAAAAGUCAUGUAACACUGUUCUAUAAACACUUUUUCACCAUGGCGACAAAUGAGAAGUUCAAUAACUGAAAAAUAAAAAUCCCAUCAGGUGUGAUGAUGUUCUGUAAGAUAGUAAUCAGACCACUAGGGAUCUAUGUGAGUUACGUGUGAACAAAAAUGGUUUAAACCACAUAUACCCACUUUACAUUUUCACAAAUGCAUGUCUUAUUUGCUUUAAAUGGUUUGUGGGAUAAACAGUUUGAGUUGAUAAUUUCUUGUAAACAGUUAACACUUCUUCUUCUCCUUACUUUUUACUGGAUAGCUUCUUUUUUUUUGCCCUGGAAGGUUCUGCCAAUCACAAAGCUAAGAUCCACUGAUAUGUUGGAAAGUAAUGAUUACACUGUCUUUGUGUCGCAUGUUAAUUGCUUUCUUUUUUUUUGUGAAUGUGACUGCUCUUCAAUAAAUUUGUAUUUCUUACACUC